AUGUCAAAAUUAACCAAAAAUACAUUCCCCUUCUUAGGAAUAUUGGGGUGCUAUUUGAUAAUAUUCUCAGUUCAGACUCUAGCGAAACCAACGAAUUUCGACGACGCAAACAUAAAAGAAAUCCGUUUUCCAAUAAAAAAGAUAAAAUUUGCACCUGUGCUACUAAAGACAAUACCGAAGAAUCUUAUACGCAAGAGGAGACAGUUACGUAUUCCUCGGAUCCUUCCAAUGAGAUCGAGAAUACGCCCCUUACUGCCACCCCGUCAGCCGAUAAUACUAUCUAUGAUAACUUCGGCCGUUUCAGACGGAAUAAGAACAUACCCAUAUUACUUGCAAGAAAUACCUUUAGCCUUCGGAGAAACAAUUCUGAACUCAGUAAGGGAAGCGGCUCCGCAUAUAACAGAUGCAAUAAAGGACAUAUCUCCAGGGAUAAUGGAAAUAAUGAAUGCGGUACCCGAGACGGAGACUAUGCACCCUUUUCAGAAGAUUAUGAAGAAAAUACCUACGGUUAUUCACGAAACGAUGCAAGUAGCCUUGGAUCCGCAAGAGGAGAACGAAGAAUCAGAAUUAAUACCCAAUCUACAGAGACUAGUGGAGGAGCCAACAAAAAUUACUCAUUCAUACUCCCGACCCAUGGAACCCCUGAAAAUGUUACAGGAGAAAUAUCAGAACACGAAAGACAAGUUAAAUUACAAGUUCGAAAAGACGAAACAGAAAGCCCAGUCUUUUUAUCAGAACUUACUUCAGGACUACGAGGAAAUAACACCCAAGAGGAAAAUAUACCAAAACGAAAUACCGAAGACUAUGAAAAAAGCAUCCCAAACAAUAUCUCCAGUGAUAAACGAAUCUCUUACGGAAAUGGCCAAAUUACCACAGAAAAUAAAAAAAUUCGUAGAGCAAAUGAAACAGUAG